UUGAGGCGCCAUUGCUGGCCGGAAUGCUGUUCCAAGACCAUGCAGCGUGUCGCAGUGGCUUAGCACUGCUUUCUGCACGCGGUGACGCAACUGGGCCCAGCCAACUGCUCCUGACGUCGCUAAAGGUCAUGGACAGGGAAGUAUUGAGGUUCCUGAUGUUUGCCGGCGAGCAGUUCGAGGACGCCCUCGAGUUGCUCGAGAGGGCCGCCUUUGUCGCCCGGGAAGUAAUGAAGAUGCCUUUACUGCUCGACCCAUGUACGCAACAAAACGAAGGAGGUGCCCGCUGCUGGAUGUUGACUCACGCGGAAAAGUUGAACGAGCUCCUGAACCCCUUCGGCAUUGACUUUGACGAACUGCGCGAAGGCAGCCUAGACUUCAACAUGAUACGUGACGAUCCCAUGGCUUCGUACGACCCCAAAGCUGCGGUGCUCUUCUUGGCUACAUUGUGGUUUCUGCGCGAGCACCGCUGUUUCUCGGGCGUCCGCCUGAAUGUGUCAGUGCUGGAGCACUUUCGCCCGGUGCAGUUCCUGCAACACAUCACGUUCUCCAAGCGUGUUGUCACAGUCCACCUGACCGGCGUCGAGGGAAUCGAGCUCCCGUUGGAAGUGUGCCCUCUGGUUCGGUUUCUCGACCAAACGGAGCUGCUUACGUGGAACCUAGUGGCCUAG